AUGGGAUCCACAGGGACCGUAUAUGAAUUUGUCGUCGUGGGGGGAGGCCCGGCAGGAUGUGCUUUGGCCUCACGCCUGGCUCGUUCGGAGAAACGCCCUAGUGUUCUCUUGCUAGAGGCAGGCUGUCGGAACGAUGAUCGGUCUCUCCGAGUGGAAGGCCAGCGAUGGACGACCUUCACGACCCCCGGCAUGAAUUGGGGCUACCAAACUACCCCGCAGGAGCAUUGCAACGGUCGCCAGAUUGACUACGCCCGAGGAAAGGCCCUUGGGGGAAGUAGUACUAUCAAUUUUGGUGUCUAUACGUAUGGCGCCCGGGAUGAUUACGACGAGUGGGCGGCUGCGGUCGGGGAUGAUACGUUCCGGUGGGAUCGCAUACAGUCUCGACUGAAGAGUCUGGAAACGUUCGAUGGAGCCAUCGCUGGGAAACAUAACAAGUACGCUGCUCCCAAAGAGGCUGACCACGGAUUGGACGGUGCGCUUCGCGUUGGCUAUAGCGCCGAGUGGGAGCAGGAUCUACCCCUCAUGAUGGAUAUCUUCGAGCAAGCAGGCUUCGGGCGCAACCCCGACCAUAACUCGGGUGAUCCAAUUGGAAUGUCUCUGGUGAUCAACUCGUCUUCCAAGGGAGAGCGGACGACUGCCGCCGACCUGCUGAAGGGCGCUCCUGACAAUUUGACCGUGAUCACCGAGGCGCCCGUACAGCGGCUGGUCCUCAACGGAAAGAAGGUCAUUGGAGUUGAAUCCAGAGGAAACCAAUACCUCGCAUCUCAAGAGGUCAUUUUGACGGCGGGAUCCCUCGACACCCCGAAAAUCCUCAUGCACUCGGGCAUCGGGCCCGCAGAUCAGUUGCAGCAGUUUAACAUCCCCGUCACGCACGAGAUGUCUGCAGUGGGCCAAGGUCUGAGGGACCACUAUUUCGCCCCGAUGUGCUUCCGCCGUGACCCCGACACGAACGACCGCAACGCCUUCUUCGGGGACGAAGCAGCCAAGGAGGCAGCCAUGGAACAGUGGAAGAAGGAUGGGAGCGGGCCCUGGGCGCGAUAUGCCUGCCAGCUUGGCAUCGGGUGGUUCAAGUCAGAUAACCUCACGGCAUCGCCUGAAUUCCAGGAUCUUGACCCGUCCGUCCAAGAGUACCUCCAGAAGCCGACCGUCCCCCAUUACGAGUUUCUGACACACUUUCCUAUCCAUCUUUUCUCUCCAGAGCUCAUCCAAGGCAACUACAGCUACAUGUGCAUGCUCGUGUUUUUGAUGAACCAGCAAUCCAGAGGCGAGGUCCGGCUGCAGUCCUCGGACCCUGACGUUCCCCUGCUCUUCGACCCCAAGUUCUUGGCCCAUCCAUUUGACCGCCGCGCAUGCAUCGAAACCUACCGGGACGCGUUCCAAGUAACCAAGCACGAGGCGUUCAAGAAACAUACUGUGUCCACCCUGAUAGCGCCUGCUUCCGAGUCCGACGAAGAUAUCUUGGACCUGUGGAAGAACACGACUUCCUCCAGCUGGCACAUGACCGGGACGUGCAAGAUGGGACCUACGGGUAGUACCGACGCGGUGGUGAACAACAAAUUCCAGGUCAUUGGUCUUGAGAACCUGCGGAUCGCGGAUAUGAGUGUUGUGCCUGUAUUGGUCAACGGCCACGUCCAGGCUACUGCCUAUGUGACUGGCGCGACAUGCGCUGAGACUCUGAUCGAGGAGUACGGACUCAACGCAUGA